UGCCUUUCACCUCGUACUAACCUCUCAUCCAGCCUACAUCAGCCGCCUCACAGGAUGCUGCGCUAAGAGACCUCAAGGACUUCUCAGCAACAACAGGUGUUAAAGAAAUCUGAAAAAUGGUUGGGUUUUUCCAAAUGUUGAGGAAGAAAAAGGAGCUGAUCCCUCUCAUAGGGUUCAUGGCUUUUGCUGCAACAGGAGCCACCACUGCUUCUAUCUACUUUCUAUUAACUAAACCUGAUGUUAUUUUAAACAAGACCAGAAACCCAGAACCAUGGGAGACACUGGACCCAUCAAAACCCCAAAAGCUCAUCACCAUCAAUCAGCAGUGGAAACCAGUGGAGGAGCUGGAGUUGGUGAAGAGUCUCACCAAGUAAAAAAGGCAGGUGUCUUCUAGAGAUCCACUGUGAGACCACCUGCCUGCCCCCCAUCAGUCCAACAGAAUCCUUUCUGCACAAACUAGGAUGCUUUGACAGUCAGUGUGCGGAAAUGCUUCUGCUCCACUGGUGGGGUUUCACCCGGCUCUGGACAUCCAUCCACAACUGUAGAACAACUGUAGUCAUGCUACCAUGAAGUGAAAAGCUUCCUCUGGAAGUCUGUGAUCAUAGCUAGAGAGCUACAUUUACAUCAAAUAAGCUGUGGUGUUUAAUUUUAAGUAGAUGUGAGUAGUGUCUAAAUAUGAAAGACAAAAUGUAAACUCAGUAAAUAAUGUAUUGUACAGUGUCAAUAAAUUAUUGUUGUGAACAUGCUGAAUGACUUUCUCAUUACAGUGUUGCAUUUGUUCUUAAAAAUCAACAAAGUAUAAAUAUAUUUAUGCAGUACUA